AUGAGGCAGAUAACUGCUGCCGUUGAGGAUGUGCUGGACAGUAUGAUGCACGAAAAUACCGACGACAUUUACUGGCGCGGCAAGUCGCGGAAAGACGGAAUUGUCUACUACGAGGAUCAGGAAAGCGUGACCAAGCACCAAACACGAUUUUGCUGCGUAGAUACCACGGACGCCUCUGUCGAAGACGUCAUGAACCUGUUUGUAGUGCCCGACACGGGCAUGCUGCUGCAGCGAUGUCGCAUCAUGUACGACAACAUCAUCGAAGCCCAGAUUCUAAACGUACUGGAACAUCCAUCGGAAGAGCGUCCAAUGCGGUCGUGCUACAUUCGCUAUACUGCCUUCAAGGCACGAACGCUGCAACGAAGCAAUCGCGAUAUGUGUGUCGUCGAAUCGACAAAUGUCAUUCAAUGUCCAGACGGAUCAACGGUUGGCUAUUGCGUCUGGGACUCGCUUAAUCUUUCCGAUGUGUUGCAGUUAAAUGUGCCGCCGGGUUUCGUUCGAUCUCGCAUGUUCCGUUCGGGAUACUUUGUGCAAAAUUCAGGGCUACCUGAUGCCCAGACUAAAGUGGUGUAUAUUGUGGGCAUUGAGGCAGGUGGAUUAGCACCACGAAUGACGACCCGUUACUACAUGCCUCGGUUUGGUGAAGUUCUCAGCCGUGUUAUUGCUCACCUCGAUCGGAGACAGCUUGACCCCUCGACCUUUGUCGCUCAGUCCGAGUGGGCUGACAAACAAGCGGCGGAAUUCUGCCAAUGCUGCAGUAAACACUUUGGGGCGGUCAAGUUGCUGGACACUCGCCGAUACAAUUGCGUAUCGUGUGGCGAUGCGAUUUGUCAUGCCUGUCAUCACGUGGAGGAAGUUGAAGUUCCCGGCGCUAACAAGACAAAGGUGGGAGUAUGUGUUGGCUGCAAAACCAACAAUAAGAGAAGUCGAACUUCUUGUUUAGUGCGGUGGUCGGCAAAACUUCGGUCGGACUCGAUGGAGUCUUCAUCGAGCACUCUGUUACUAUAA